CGCGUCAAUGUUUGUUGCACUUGGACCUUAUAAUGAAUAUGACUAUAAUGUAUUAUGGUGCUCAGUGACUUACUGCUUUGAAUCUUUUUUAAGGUCUGACCCUCACAACAACUGUUGAACAGAUGUUAAAUAAAAAAACUAAAGAUUCGGAAAAUGUACCAAUUCUGCAGUCACAGGAUUCAACAUCUCGAUCACCAAUUCGCUAUGUUAUUGCAGUCAUGUGUAGCUUAGCAAGAAUGCUUCUGUAUGGCUUUCGCAUGAACUUAAGCAUUGCUAUCAUAGCUAUGGUAAAACCUAAGCACCAAAGCCAAUUACCCGCUUCAAAUUCGUCUGCAAUCGAACUGUUUGAACAAGAUGAAAGGAUUGAAAAAUUUGACUGGGACAUGCAAACACAGCAAAUCAUUCUGGGGGCGUUUUAUUACGGGUAUUGCUUUACACCUAUUCUUGGAGGAUGGUUGGUGGGAAAAUAUGGCGGUUCACGUAUUAUAGUUCUCGGCCUAUUAAUAUCGUCGGUAAUGAUGUUAGCAACGCCGAUUGCAGCUAAGUUAAGCGUGGGUUUAUUUAUUUCAACGAGAGUACUUGAUGGAAUAGGACAGGGACUCGUUCUACCAUCAAUAUACAACCUUAUUGUAAAAGUGUCAGAACCAGACGAACGAAGCUCAUUGAUAUCAAUUGCUUCAUCUGGUAUGAAUAUCGGUGCUAUUGUAUCAGGUUAUCUCUCUGCUCGGCUUUGUGCUUCAGCCUUUCUAGGCGGAUGGCCAUCUACAUUUUAUUUAUCUGGUUUAUGUGGCAUCAUGUGGUGUUUCGGAUGGUGUAUUGUAGAAACAUAUGAAGCAACUGACCAUCGUUGGAUACCAACAUUUGAAAAGGAUUCAAAAUCAUCAUCUUCUCAAUCAAAGGUAUACAAGGUACCAUUUAUAGACAUAUUAAAAUCGCCACCUGUAUGGUCAUUGAUUAUUUGCUGUUGCGGAAUGGAUUACGGAUAUUAUCUACUGUUUGCAGAUAUUCCGAUAUUCUUCGAACGCAUUUUGGGUUUUGAAAUACGAACUACUGGUUUACUAACAGGAUUGCCAAACGUUUUAAUGUUUUCUACAACCAUCAUUGGAGGAUUUCUUGCAGACUUUUUAAUUUCUCGUGACAUCCUUAGUAUCAUUAUGACUAGAAAAAUUAUGACGUUUAUGGCUCUUGGAAUUUCGUCUAUUUUACUCGUCAGCAUUGGUUAUAUUAGUAAUGACGUAACGCUCUCUGUCAUUGUAAUGACCAUCGCUUUUGGGGUGUAUGGAUUCAUCGAUUCUGGAGCUUCAGCAAAUCCAAUGGACAUUGCACCGAUUCAUUCCGGAUUAAUAAUCGGACUUAUGUUUUCAAUUUCAAGUGUUUCUGGUUUUAUAAGUCCAACUGUGUUGGGAGCCUUGACCAACAAGAAUGAAACAAUAUACCAAUGGAGAAAUGCAUUUUGGAUUGUAUCGGGAGUGCAAACAAUUGGACUGUUAGCGUUUUUGAUUUUUGGAAGUGGCGAAAUACAAGAUUGGUCCAAAGCCGACGGUAAACCGGACAAAGAUUUGCCCCUUUUGCUGAGGAAACAAGAAUCGCAAGAAAAGAAUGAUGGCUCAAUACCCUAAAUAUACAGUAAUUGCCUAUCUAUAUGUCAACAUUUUACGGAUUUUUACCAAUGCAGAAAGUCUAACUGUUAAUUUGGAAUUAGGCCUACCAAAUCACAAUAGCUACCAUAUAUAAGACAACUAUAUCUUUUUGACUGUUUAAUGAGAGAUAUCUUAAUACAUUCCUUGGCCUAAUCCAUUUUUACAAGAGCGUUCAGUUGUUGCAAUCCUAUAGUAGGCCUACAUUAUCCCUUUGUAAAGGCUCAGUCAAACUUGGCCUGCGACUAUUACGACCCAACCGAAAAAAUAUUGAAAUCGAGGGAAAAUCAUCAAAAGAACAUGCAACCAGUCAUAGAGCAAAUUCAGUCGUCGCAGCAAAGUCGAUGGUCAUACUUACAGCUCUGCCCUCAAAUUCCAAAUUUUAAGCGAUCGCGGGUAGGCCUACGUUUUUGCAUGGUCGCACGUCGCGGGUCAUGCGGUCGCACCAUUGGUCAAGCAAAUGUUGUACCACCUCACAAUUAGUAGAGACACCAGUUGCACGACCGACUGGUUGCACGACCAGUAGUCACUUUUUUUUUUUAUAACAGCCAGUAAAAUUUUGCCCAUUCUCAGUGUUCUGAUUUUUUUGCCGAUUUUACGCUCAAAAUGUUCUUAUUUUGUUUUUAUUUUUAUACACUUUUCAAACAUACACAAAUAUUAUUUUACAGCAGUAUAUUGCUAUACUAUAUGAUAAAGGGUAUUACAUAGUCACAGCUACUGUAAAUAAGGUAGCAAAGAUUUGUUGGUUUCUUCUAUUUAAAAUAAAAAUGUCACUUGACAAUUUA